UUUUUGUUGUCAAAGAUUAGCGUAGCGACCCAGCAGCUGAAAGUAUUAGCGUGUUAUAUACUAAUAGUGGGAUUUAUUGAGAUAUGUAUCGAAAAGAAAAAUCGCUUUCCAUGAAAGGAAGUACAUCUGCUUUGUGCCACAACCUUAGUGUGUAUACAGAUAAUGAUAAACGUACACAAAGCUAUGGAGUUGUUCACAAAUCCGUUGCAAAUAUUAUAACAAUCGCUGCGGAUGGCGCAAAUGUUUUGAUGCAACGACAAGUAAUCGUGAAGGAGCCGGGUGGCCAUGGAAGUACAAUAGUUAUGCAGAUGAAGUAUUGUGAGUUUCCUGAACGAAGUCUAAUGGUGAUGGCUUGUCAGCGAGGCAUACAGAUAUAUGAGUCAGAUGGCUCAGUGAUGUUGUAUUGGCACUCUUUGGUAAACCCUGAGUCAAAUGAAGUGUCAAAAGCCUAUGCCAGAGGUAUCUGCACAUUACAAGAUUCGAUGCUUUGCAUUGGUACAGACAGUGGCACAAUUCUGGUAUUUGAGAUCCCACCAAAAGGAACAAAUAUUUUGCUGAAGGAAUCCCUGAAAGAACACGUAUUACCUAUUAGUUGCCUGCACAGUCAUGGCUUAGUUUUAGCCAGUGGGGAUGAUUCUGGAUGCAUCAUAUUGUGGCGUGUGGAAGAAUCUCAACUCCACCCAUACAAAAGAAUAGAUGGACUUGGGAGCCCAUGUUCUGGUGUGCGAUUAUGGAAUGAGCUACUGGUUGCUACAUAUGGAUCUGGUCACAUACGUCUGUUCAAGGUAAUUUCGGGUCACAUGUGUGCAGAGGUGACUGCACAUGCCAGAUGGAUAAAUGCUAUAGAUGUGGUUCAUCGAAAUGGAAUGGUGUUGACUGUGAGUGAGGACUCAUUUGCUAAAAUAUGGCAGCUGAAAGAAGGUGAUGCUCCAGAGAUAGAACAUCUAUCAAGUGAGUGUGUACAGAAUGUGCUGUUGUGUGGAGCAGCAUUCACACACCCUGAUGGCACGAGCUUCUGUGUAACCGGUUGUGACCUGGCUGAGGUCAUAUGCUUCACUACCAAAUAAGAUGGAUCAAACUAAUCUGAUCUCUGAAUGUGAUGGAAUACCCUGGAAUGCUCCGCAGGACAGAUGUUCCCCAUUAUUGUUGUUGAUGGUUGUAUAUUUAUUUGGUUGAUAGAUUCUAGAUAGAAUUGAGCCACUAGUAUGAUCUUUGAAUAUGCUGGAAUACCCCAGCUCUGCAGGACAUGUUGCACAUUAUUUUUAUUGAUGGUUGUAUAUUCAUUCCGUCCAAUUGCCAUGUUUACACGUCAUAUUUUCACGUAUUUACCACUGCUUUUCAUUGUGGCCAAACACCAUACUAUAAGCUUUUCAUAGCACGAUCUCACUACAUGUAGCUCAAUAUGAUUGUGGCUAUCUAGUCUUAUAUAAACUAAUGCAGGCAGUAAUCACCUUCUCUGAAACUAUAUUCACGGGAAACAAACGUUUAAACUGCAUGUUUCAGUGAUAACAUAUGCAGUUAAACUGGUCAAUCACGAUGAAUAUUGAAAAUUAGAUCACAUUUAAUUGUUCCAUAAUGUGACAUUAUAACCAUGAUAUUUAACCAUAAUUAUGCACGGGAUUGUGCACGUCCAUGUUCAAUGAAACCUGACUAAAAUGAUAGUUUGAUGGGAUAUUGUGUGUCGGAGUGUGUAGUUUAGAAGAACGUGAGACUAGCGUGCACGAUGUAAUUAAAACAGGCAUGUUGUUUACAUUAUCAUACACAUUGUUUAUUUUGUUGUUACACAUUUAUCAAUUUCUCUAUAAAAACCUGCCUUUCUGAUCACUUUAUAGUGUAUUAGGUAUAAAUUCUUCUAUAUUAUUUUAUUCCAUGUUUGAUGUUACUUUAGCUGUCAUAUUAACAGGAGCCUAUCAAUAUUGAUAGACUCCUGAUAUUAAGGUGUGCGUUCGCUAGUUCAUUGAAUGCAAAUGCGAAUUUGCCACAAAAGCAGUGUAGUGUAAAGUGAAAAAUAUAAUAUAAUUUAUGUAAUAUAUCUGUUUAAAAAUUUAGUUGAGUAAAAUGUUUGAAUUCGUCUA